UAAUUUAAAUGUAUUUAUUUAUUUAUUUAUUUUUUCAAACUAAAAUAUAAACAUUUCUCUGUGUGCGCUCCCUCUUCUGCCUCACACUUCCACUGACCCUGACUCUUUCUCCUCUCUCUCUUAUUUUUCUCUUUUUUCCUUUGUGUCUCAGAGUCGGGCUAAGCUAAGCUGAUCUUCUUCUCUUCGGAAACAAUGAUGGAUAAUCCGUACGGAAUCGACACAACGGCGGGGUUUUCCGACCAGUCGUCAAUGGAGGUUCCGGGAAGCUUUGUUGCUCCGGCGGAUUACUUGAGUUUUGAAGGAAUCGGGGAUCGGGUACCUUCAUUCGGAUCCGACCCGAUAUUUUCGGGUUCGUCGUCUACGGCGGCGGUUUCGGAUGAAGCUUCAAUGGUGGUGGCUGCCGAAAUUCAGAGAGGAACAUCGUCGGUGGAUGAUGAGGUUUCACGUGUAAUUAGGGAGAAAAUCGCUUCUCAUCCUCUUUACCCAAAGCUUCUUCAAGCUUACAUCGAUUGUCAAAAGGUUGGAGCGCCACCAGAGAUUGCUUGUUUAUUGGACGAAAUCCGGCGAGAAAACGAGGUUUGCAAAAGAACCGCCGUUUCAACUUCAGUAGUUACGGACCCUGAGCUCGACGACUUCAUGGAAACGUACUGCGAAAUACUGGUGAAAUACAAAUCGGAUCUCGCAAGGCCGUUCGAUGAAGCUACAAAUUUUUUGAACAAGAUCCAGACGCAGCUCAACACUCUCUGCACCACUAGUAGUGCAUCCAGAAGCUACGUUUCCGAUGAAACUGGUGGAUCGUCAGAGGAAGAUCUAAGCGGAGGGGAGAUAGAUAUACAGGAUAAUUGUCAACGAAGAAACGAAGAUCGAGAGCUUAAGGACAAGCUUAUGCGUAAAUAUAGUGGUUAUAUUAGCACUCUAAAACAUGAAUUCUGUAAGAAGAAGAAGAAGGGCAAGUUACCAAAAGAAGCAAGGCAAACCUUACUUGAUUGGUGGAACAUUCACUAUAAAUGGCCAUAUCCAACGGAAGCCGACAAGAUUGCAUUGGCACAGUUGACAGGUUUGGAUCAGAAACAGAUAAACAACUGGUUUAUUAAUCAAAGGAAACGCCAUUGGAAACCAUCAGAGAAUAUGCAAUUUGCUAUUAUGGAUAGCAUCUAUGGUCCAUUCUGCAUGAAUGACUGAUAUCCAUUGGCGGUUUGUUUGUCCCUCCAUCUUUUCUUUUUUCUGUAAAUUUUUUCAGCAUGACAUUUUUGCUAAUGCAUGGUUAAAUUGCUUUGCAUAUUUGUUAGUUUGUAACUCCUCUACAUUUUUACCCUUUUUUGCUAACAAAGAAACAAUUUCACAACCAGUGGAAAAGUUGAGCUUGGGCUUUGUUUUUAGCUUGAAUUAGAACCUUUGCCAAAUGGGCCAAUGACUUUUACAAAAAUAGGCCCUGUAGGUCCCCAAGAACUCAAGUCAAAAGUUUAUGCCAUUAUUAGUUGAGUAAACCCAUGAAUGAAUAUUUUUCAAUUUUUACACUCA